AUGAAUGCUCGUUUCAAGAACCUAGUGGGUUCGAAACGAAGAAGCUCGUCCAACAACCCCUCGCCCUCGCCCCAGGGCAGCACCACGCCCUCGCAGCGCCCGAACUCGCUCUCCCCGCAGCCCUCCAACACCAGCACCAACAGCCUGCCCCAGCCAGGCCCAGGCCAGCAGCAGUCCAACAUGAAUCCGAACAACCCCCUCGGCCGCCCUCCUUCGUACACGUACGCGCCGCCCAGCGGUCUCCAGCCCGGACAGCAGCCACAAGGCCGUCCCAACAGCCCGCUGCCGCCCAUCAACACGGGCAGCGCCCCCGGAUACCCGCCGCAGCAUGGCCAGCCCAUGGGCUACCCACCGCAGGGCGGGCCCCCUGGCUACCCUCCCCAACAGGGCUACGGAGGCGCUCCACCGCCAGGACAGCAGCCCUAUGGUGCGCCGGUCCCGCCUAGCCAGCAGCUGCAGUACAGGCCUGGCGGCGGCAUGGCAGAGGUCGCGGGCGAGGGUCGCUCCAAGGCCCAGCUGAUCGUGGGCAUCGAUUUUGGAACCACCUUCUCGGGUGUCGCUUUCGCCUUCGCCACAAACACUGAAGCCAAGGAAGACAUCAUCACCGAAUGGCCCGGUGCGGGCAACCAGACAAAGCAGAAGAUUCCUACCGUCCUGUACUACGACCAGUACCAGAAAGUUGUGGGUUGGGGCCCUGAUAUCGCUGACGCCUUGGCCCCCACGGGCUACCCUAAGCCUGGUGUGCAAAAAGUCGAAUGGUUCAAGCUGCAGCUUAUGCUGUCCGGAAACACAUACAUCGACCCCAUCAACCUACCUCCGCUUCCCCCGGGCAAGUCGGAAAUCGAUGUCGCUGCCGACUACCUCUUCCACCUGCGCCAGGCCAUGCGCAACCAGCUGCAGAAGACGCUGGGCGAGGUAUUCAAUAGGGAAGAGCGCAACAUCCGGUAUUACCUGACCGUGCCUGCCAUCUGGAACGAUGCGGGUAAGGCCGCAACACGUGCUGCGGCUAUCCAGGCCGGUUUCCUGCGUGACGAGAACGACAAUAGGUUAACUCUGAUUACCGAGCCCGAAGCUGCCGCCAUGUUCUGUACCAAGACUGGUUUGCUCAACGUCAAGGUGCACGAUGCCGUGCUAAUCGUCGAUUGCGGUGGUGGUACCGUCGAUUUGAUCGCUUACGAGGUUGAGGAAGAGCAACCUUUCUCCGUAGCCGAGUGCACAGCUGGAUCCGGUGACUCGUGCGGUUCAACGGCUCUGAACCGCAACUUCAGCAACAUUUUACGAGCCAAGAUCCGUAAGAUGAAGCUGCCUGACGGCUCGAAAACGGCGGGCAAGGUCUAUGCUAAGUGUAUCAUGGAUUUCGAGAACAGAAUAAAGGCUGAUUUCCGUAACAACGGCCAGAAAUGGGCUGUUGAUGUCGGCAUUGAGGCCGAGUUCCCUGAGGCCGGGAUCGAGGAAGGCUACAUGACCUUCACCAACGAGGAGAUCCUGCAGUGUUUCGAACCCGUCGUGAACCGAAUCUUGGAGUUGGUACGGAACCAGAUCAUCGCAAUCCAGGCACAGAACAGAUCACUACAGAACGUGCUCGUUGUUGGGGGGUUCGGUGCGUCCGAGUACCUCUUUCAACAAAUCAAGCUCCACGUGCCGCCCCAAUUCCAGUCCAAAGUCGUUCGUCCCAUGGAUUCCGUCGCUGCUAUCGUCAAGGGUGCCGUUACAGCCGGUAUCACCGAGCGAAUCGUUACUCACCGUGUUGCUCGACGGCAUUAUCUUAUGGCUACCUUGCAGCCUUUCAAAGAGGGUCACCACCCCGAACAGUACCGUGUUCCGUCGCUGGACGGCAAGGACAGAUGCAAAUACACCCGACAAAUUUUCGUGCAAAAGGGCCAACGUGUCAAGAUUGGCGAGCCUGUCAAGGUUUCCUUCUUCAGACAGGUGGCGCCCGGCGCGACGCUUAUGUACGAAGAUAUACUAUACGCUUGUGACGACGAUGUUUGCCCAGAAUAUACCAAGGACCCACGCAUUAAGGAAGUGGUCACCCUCACAUCAGAUCUCUCCCGAAAGAACCUCGAGAAGGACUUCGAGCGCAUGGACACGCCCCAAGGUACCUUCUACCGUGUGUACUUCGACAUCUACCUCACGCUCGAUGGUUCCGAAUUCAACGCUGAGCUCGUGUGCCAAGGCGAAGUCAUGGGUCGUUGCACAGCCCGAUUCAGGUAG